AGCUUGAUUUCACUGGCAGUACAGAGCGAACCAGAGACAGAGCCACCUCUCUCUGAGAAAUAUCAGUAGGAAUCAGAGAAAGUGAAACAACGAAAAUAACAAAACCAGCUGCAGUUUUUUUUUUAAAUACAGGAAGAUUUCCUUUAACAUUCCUAAAGAACAACCAAUUGCUAUCAUCUUUUAAUUCAUUGGUUGAGUGCAGAAUAUAUAGAUAUAUUUAUAAAACAAAAGAGCACGAUUUUUUUUCUUAAAAAAAAAAGAAAAAAAAAACUCUGGAGAAUCAGCAGAACAAACAAAAAAAGGCUGCUGAUUUAUAUCUGAAUUCUUCUUCUCUCAUCCCAGAGCUGCCAUUGCUCUGGUGAUUCCCUUCUCAGAGUUUAUCUGAAAAAACAAUAUUGAUUGUUUGUAGAAGAAUGGCAGCUGCCAAGACGGAGAUGCUUCUAUCCCCUCUGCAAAUAUCAGAUCCUCUGUGCAAUUUCCCCAACUCCCCAAUGGAUAACUACCCGAAGCUGGAAGAGAUGAUGCUGCUCAAUCCAGCAGGGACACAGUUUCUGAGUCCCUCUGUACCGGAGAACACUGGCUUUGGCUCAGGGGAACCUGGAGAUCAAUAUGAACACCUGACUGGAGAUACAUUUACUGAUAUCUCCAUCAAUGGUGACAAGUCUUUGGUUGAGCCAAGUUACCCCAACCAGACCUGCAGGCUGCCUCCAAUCUCCUACACUGGGCGCUUCACUCUGGAACCUGCAAACUGCAGCAACAGCCUGUGGGCAGAACCUUUCUUCAGCCUGGUCAGUGGACUGAUGGGAAUGGCAAACUCACCCACCACCUCCACUCCAUCCUCACCCCCCUCAUCCUCAGCAUCCCAGAGUCCUGCCAUGAGCUGCUCCAUCCAGCACAGUGAGCCCAAUCCCAUCUAUUCAGCAGCUCCAACCUACUCCAGUGCCAGCACUGACAUCUUCUCUGACCAGUCCCAGACCUUCUCCAGCCAGGUCAGCAGCUCCAUCCAGUACCCUCCACCAGCGUACCCCAUCACCAAGACUGGCACCACAAACUUUUCAGUGCCCAUGAUCCCAGAUUACCUCUUCCCACAGCAGCAAGCCGAGAUCUGCCUGGACCAGAAGCCCUUCCAGAACCUGGAGAACCGAAACCCACAGCCUUCCCUCACGCCUCUAUCCACCAUCAAGGCCUUUGCCACCCAGACAGGUUCUCAAGACCUGAAGAAUGCCUAUCAGUCCCAGCUGAUCAAGCCCAGCAGGAUGAGAAAAUACCCGAACCGCCCCAGCAAGACCCCUCCCCAUGAGAGGCCCUACGCUUGCCCCGUGGAGACCUGCGACAGGAGGUUCUCCCGCUCCGAUGAGCUGACCAGACACAUCCGUAUUCACACAGGGCAGAAGCCCUUCCAAUGCCGCAUCUGCAUGAGGAACUUCAGCCGCAGCGACCACCUGACCACCCACAUCCGCACUCACACCGGGGAAAAGCCCUUUGCCUGCGAAAUCUGCGGCCGCAAGUUCGCCCGCAGUGACGAGAGGAAGAGGCACACCAAGAUCCACCUGCGGCAGAAGGAGAAGAAGGCGGAGAAGGUAAUUCCCGUCUCGGCUCAGUCUCCAGUCUCCAGCUACCCCUCCCCAAUAACGUCCUACCCCUCUCCAGUCUCCUCAUACCACUCUCCAGUACCCUCCUGCUACUCCUCUCCCAUGCACAACUCCUACCCCUCCCCAUCAGUGGCUACCUCCUACCCCUCAGUAACCACCCCCUUCCAGACCCAGGGAGCCUCUACCUUCCCCACAAACAUUUACAGCUCACCUGUCGCCACUCCCCUGUCAGAUAUGCAGUCAACUCUCUCUCCAAGGACAAUUGAAAUCUGCUAAGACUUUUGCGCCAUCAAACAAAUGAUCAAAUGACUUUUCCACACACAGUUUCCGUGUGCAAUCUUAAGGUACCCGAAGAGUAAAGGCUAGGACUAUUAAAAAAAAAACACACACACACACACAAAAACCUCAGAGAAAAUGAGUAAAAAUGGAUUUCUACAUAAUCAGCACUUCAGAAAGAA